AUGUCUAAUGCAGUUUUUAAACAGAUAUGGAUUGUGUCAGGAGUACUCCUCACGAUGGUGGAAGUGGGCACAUUCUUGGGAUUCACCACCUGUCUACUGCCAGCGCUUAAGGAUCCUGACUCACCUAUUAAAGCCACAUUGGAAGAAUCCUCAUGGAUAGCUGCAUCCUUCAGCCUAGCCUGGAUACCAGGCUUCCUUUCAUCAUCGUACUAUAUGGAUCGCUUCGGGAGAAAAAUGGGCUUUAUCCUGGACAUCAUUCCAGGAGCUUUAGGCCUCAUCGUCAUGUACUUCUCCACAAACGUCGCCUGCUUGCUCGCUGCAAGAGUUCUGCAAGGUAUCACAGCGGGAUCCACAACGAUAUUAGGCGCUAUAGUUAUAGGAGAAUACUCCAGUCCUGUUCAUAGAGGGAUGUUUUUAAAUCUGAAGACUGCGGCCCUCUACGUGGGCAGUACUUUAGUCCACAUCCUAGGACACUACUUUCACUGGAGGACAGUAGCAGCUAUAACUUUAAUUCCAUACUUAUUGGCAUUUGCCAUGGUCUGCACAUGGCCAGAAAGUCCGUCCUGGUUGGCUUCUAAUAAAAGAUUUGACAGAAGUAGAACGGUCUUCUACAGACUGAGGGGCAAGACGGAACAGUCAGAAAAAGAGCUGACAGAAAUGAUCGAAGCUCAGCAAGAACGACAGCCAACAGAAGAGUUGAGUGCCUACCAGAAAUUGGCACAUUUCUGCCAGAAAUUUGGCAAAAGAGACUUCGUGAUGCCUGUCUUGAAUUAUUUGUUUGCAGCGAUUUUAUUGGAGACGACUGGUAGACAUAUUUUCCCAGCGUACGCUGUUCAGAUAAUAUCAGAAAUAUCAGGAAACUCAGGGUCCAUUUAUUACACUUUUGCCUUAGAUGUUAUAGUAGCCGUUAGUGCUACAUUUUCAUCUUAUUUGAUUAAGAUUAUGAAAAGGCGGACUUUAUUGUUUACAACUGGGUUUGCAGCAGUUGUGGUCCUUAAGGCCGCGUGUGGUUACUUAUACUUGGCUUCUAAGGACCUGAUACCUAAUGCGCCUAGAGUACCAUUGUCUCUAUUCGCUUUGUAUUUUGCCAUAGUUAAUUUCGCCUGUGCGCCAAUACCUUUGGCUUUGGUGGGGGAGAUAUUUCCUCUAGAACAUAGAGCAGCGGGAACCACAAUUGCUGGUAUAUUAAUUUCUGUAACUAGUAUCGUUACGUUAAAAACUACACCAUUCUUGUUAGAGACCUUUAAAGUGUAUGGUACAUUUACAAUAUUAGGAAUAGUUAUGGCUAUUUCUUUAGUAUUUUUGUACUUUAUGUUGCCAGAAACUAAGGAUAGGACGCUGCAAGAGAUCGAAUACUUUUUUAAUCAUGGUCGGUUUAGAGAAGAUGAAACUAGAAAUAGGAAAGGUGAUCAAGAGUUAGUUCAAAUGAUUCCUUGA